AGAACCGGGGGAGUCAUUACUAGUGAUGGAGUGGAGGGAGCAGACCUCCGUCAGCUGUGAGGAAGCUUACUCGGAGGCGCAGAGGUGGAUUGAGGCUGUAACCAAGAAAAAAUUUGGGAGCAACAACUUCCGAUCAGCGCUGGAAAAUGGAGUUCUGUUGUGUGAUCUGAUCAACAAGAUCAAGCCUGCUACCAUAAAAAGGGUUAACAGACUCCCAACACCUAUUGCUGGAUUGGACAACCUGAACGUCUUCCUCAAGGCUUGCGGGAAGCUCGGACUAAAAGAGGCGCAACUCUUUCACUCCGGAGAUCUUCAAGACCUGUCUACAAGAGUUACAGUCAAGCAUCAAGAAACCAGCAGGAGGCUGAAGAAUGUUUUAAUCACCAUUUACUGGUUGGGUAGAAGAGCUCAGUGUGACCGCUUCUAUAAUGGACCCUACCUGAAUUUCAAAGCAUUUGAAGGAUUACUGGGCACAGCACUAUACAAGGCUCUACAUGAAUCAAAUGACCAGAAGGACAGCAGCAUCAGAGACAGUGGUUUUGGAGAUAGUUGGUACUCAGAGCGAGAGAUCCACCAUCUGAGAGAAGGUGGUGGUGUUGGUGGUGGAGGGCACAGGAGAGACGACUCCCUGGACAGCUUAGACUCGCUGGGCUCCCGACCACACAGCAUCUCAUCUGACGCCACUCUGAAAGGCAGCAGCGAAGGUUGUUGUAGUGACACAGAGGCAGAUUCCAUCUUCAGGAUGGCGGAGAACAAAAAUAAUAUCAGUUACCGCCGGUCGCUUGUCAUCACACCUAAAGCCACCGCCCAGUUCAACCAGUUCCUGCCCACUAAGGACAAACCGUCAGGCUACGUUCCUGCUCCGCUGAGGAAGAAACGGGCUGAGCAGGACAGCCGGCGCAGCGGGGUCAGUCUCAGUUAUACAGAGGAUGAAGGCACGCUCACCAGACAGCACAACGAGCUCCAGAGUAUGGACGGGAGUAAAUCAACAAGUGAUAUCAUGGAGCCCAUGCUCACCAGGCAGAAUCGCUUUGAAGAGCUUAACAAGUAUCGCGAACAGAUCAAACGAAGCGAGGAUGAGUGGCAGGAUGACCUGAGUAAAUGGAAGAGCCGGCGUCGGAGUGUAAACUCUGAUAUUGUAAAGAAGAAAGAAGAAAGAGAGAAGAUAGAGCAGAUUACAUACGGCAGUGAAAGAAAGCCCAUGACCUUCAAGGAGAUGCAAGAGGAGAGAGAAAAUAAAGGAAAGGGCAGCAUCGGCAGUCGUCUCAAGUCCCUCUCCUACUUGAACGACGAGGACGAAAUAUUUGAAACGCCUGUUGUUACCCCAUACACCCGAGCCCAUCUUUCCAGAAGCUACACUAUUGACACUCCGUUCCAUUCCUCAGAAAGCUUUGAGCCUUCUCGAACAACACCAGAAACCCCUGCUGCUUCCUCACCUACUCUUAGACCUGAUUCCCCUCCUAUUUCACUGGAAGUGGAAGAGGUGGACAGUUCUGCAACUACAAACUCCAGUACCACCACCACCACCAUCAUUCCCACUACUACUCCUGCCAGCCACAACUCCAUCAACAGCUCCCACGCUCCAACAGCUGCACCAGAAUCAAAAACCAAAGCAGACGAACACGUCAUCACGACCAAAACGCAGGAGGCUGCAGGAGUUGUCUCCUCUUUUAGCCUCAAACAGGAGGAGCCCAAGCCUAGGCCCUCAUUGUUGAGCACACAGACUGGAGUGGAAGCCCCCUCCUCUAGUUCUUUGUACAAACAAGCACCACAGUUCAGCUCAAUGGAGCCCAAGCCUCCUGGGGUGUCUCGGAUUUCUGCCUCCCUCCCUAGGAGCUACCAGAGAUCGGAUAGCGCUCGUCUGACCUCUGUUGUUGCACCGAGGCCCUUUGGGAGCCAGUCCUCCCGCAUCACCUCUCUUCCAAGAGCCUAUACGGUGGACGACGCCAACAAGCGUGUCAACGGUGACGUUGUUGUUUCUAAGAAGACAUCGGUGCCAAGUCGGUAUCAUCAGUUCAUGACAUCUGAGGAUGAGGCUCAAUCCAACUCGGCUCACAGCAGUGAGGAAGAGGAGGAAGAACAAAAAGAGGAGGAGGAGAAGAGGACCAAAACAGAAAGUGUCCCCUCCACUCAGAGCGUCUCAUCCGUCAUGCCUCGUGUAAAGAGCGAAGCUCCUGUCGCUUCUGCUCCUGUCAAAGUUACCAGCAAGGAAAACUUCUGCGACAUGCGGAUUAGCCUGAACCAGAAGCCAAACAGCAGCAGAGACUUUGGCUUUCAUGCAGCCUGGGACUCGACAGGAGCUUGUGUCACAUCCAUCCAGCCAGGUAGCUCAGCGGAGAUGUGCCAGCUUCAAGUUGGGGACGAGGUUCUGACGGUGAACGGGCAGAAGGUGGCAGAAAUGAGCUACAUAGAAUGGAGGUCCUGCCUGGAGACGGCCUUGCAGGAGGGUAGCCUGGUCAUGGAUGUUCGCCGUCAUGGCCAGAACAACUGGGACAGAGAUCAACCUUCCCUGCCAUUUAAAAGCCAUAAGACCAUCAAUCUGACCAGCACGGAUCAUUCAGUACUUCCAGGCUCUCCUGAAACAAAAACCAUCAAGUCCAGUCUGGAUUUCAGCUCGCGCACUUUGACAGAAACGGUGCCAGCCAAGGAGGCCCCCACUCAUCCUUUUGUGGAUGUGGCUUCAAACAGAGUUAAUGGGAAUCUUCAAGAGGAACUGGUAACCAUGAGGAACAAAGAGUCUGAACCAAUAUCUUUGAAAAACUUAAAACGGAGAUCAGAGUUUUUUGAACAAGGAGGAUCAGAAGCUGCAGUUCCAGAUAUACCAGUUCCUGCAAUCACUCACUCCUCUAGCCGCUGGUCUUGGGACCCAGAAGAAGAGCGCAAAAGACAAGAGAAAUGGCAGAAAGAACAAGAACGCCUCCUGCAGGAAAAAUAUAAGCGGGAUCAGGAAAAGCUGCAGGAGGAAUGGAUCAAAGCUCAGCAAGACAUUGCCACAAGUGGGGCCCAACAACAGGUGAACAGCCAUCAUAUCGGCCCACACGUGCCUGCCCACCAGUCCACACCUCCUCUGUGGGAAGAGGAGGAGAGGAUGAGGAAGGUGGAGCAGGAGCGCCAAAGGCAGGCAGAGGAGAGGAGGAAGAGGGAAGAGGAGGAGCGACAGAUGCAGCGGCUCGAGGAGGAGAGGAAGAGGAGAGAGAGGCAGGAGGAAGAAGAAAGGAAAAUAAUUGAGGAGGAGGAGUUGAGAUGGCAACGGAGGAAAGAGGAGGAGAUGGAGGAGGAGAGGAGGCGACGGGAAGCUGCUGAGCAGCAACAAAGAGAAAGAGCCUUGGAGCAGCAGCAGCAGUGGUCUGGUGGCUCCCACAGCUUUGCUGCUGUUCAGCCUCCACUGUCCUUUACAGACAGGACAAAAUCCAAGUCAUCCCCUGAGCUUGAUGAAGACGAUUUGCCACCAAGAAGAGGUGUGCAUGUGCAGCCCGGAGGUACGUCUCACUGGCUGCUGAAAGAGAAGUUGAGGAUUGCGUGCGACAGGCGAACCCAAAGUCAGAGCGCUGUGUCGGAGCGGGAGCUGGAGUGGAGAAACGACAUAAAUGCCACGAGAGACAGAGAGGAAGGGAGAGAUACAGUGUCAGGUCCUGGAGUCGCUGACAAGAAGGGUCAGCAGCAGCUCGCAUCGCAGGUUGAGAUGGAGCGUCAGCAGAUCCUGAGGGAGAUGAAGAAGACAACGUCGCUGCUCACGGACAACAGCUGGAUCCGUCAGCGCUCCUCCAGCACAGUCACCACCUGGGAGAGCGAAGUGCCACCAAUGCGCAGAGGUGAGUCUCUUGACAACCUGGACGGCUCCUCAAACUCCUGGCGCUCAUCACAGACACCCAGGAGCAGCUCCUUUGUCCAAAACUACUCUCGACCUCAGUCUUCUCUGUAUGGAAACUCUUCUCUUUACACCGGCGGGUCAGUGGCUCAGCGGUCUGCCUCCUCCACUCUGCCUUCCUCUUAUUCCAUGGGCUCCCUUAGAGUUGGGGCAGGAACCCUCUCUUCUCCUUGGUCGCAACCGUCCCCAUCUACUCCGUCACCAACAACCUCUCCAGACCCCACGUCUGAGGCAGGUGGCCCUCAGCAGCUCAGCAGGUCAGUGAGUGGCAAGAAAAUCUGUGCGUUCUGCAUCACCCCACUGGGAAAAGGAGCAGCCAUGAUCAUCGAGUCCCUCGAGCUCUGUUAUCAUUUGAGCUGUUUUAAGUGUAUCGACUGCAAGGUCGACCUCGGAGGCUCUCAAGCUGGGACGGAAGUCAGAAUACGAAACAAACAGCUCUACUGUAACUCUUGCUACAUGCGAUUCAAAAGUACCCAGCCAACUUCAAACUGAUGCGCUCGUGCUCCAGCAGAUUGACGAGGAGACUACUUGUGACAACAACCCAUAAACUUUAAACAGAAA